CGGCCAGUCUAGGCCAGGUGUCCCUGGGGACAUCCGCCCUGUGGGGUGGGGGGACCGUGCUGCCCUGCCAAGUUGCACCAGUGGGGAUGGGCGAUUCUGGGGCUGGACCUGCCGGCCUGCUGCUGGCACUGUGACCCCCGAGGGCAGGGGACACGGUUGUGCCCCUCCUCCGUCUGGCCCCUCUGUCAUGGCCGCUCCUUGCUUGCCCGGCUGUGCCCCAUCCCUCAGGACCCCCGCCCUGUGCUCAGCCUGGAGAACCCCUGGAAGAGUUGAGCCGGGCGGGCGCUGCCAGCCCUGCAGACUGUUUGGACUAGUUUAAAUGCUUUGACACCAGGCUGCACUGGAUGGCGGGAGGCAGUUUACAGGGUAAUUCAUAUGCAAAACGGCACUAUAAAUUUCCUGGCUGUCGGAGUUGCCGUGGCACCGCGAAGCGUUCCCGCGUACAGUACAGUAUUUCUGCCAUCUUUGUUUGCAUUGCAGUGAGUCAUCAAAAGUCUGUCUUGCACCGACACCCGGAGCCGCGCAUUCCUCUGGCACCAACGCGCCACUGUUUUUAAAGCCGGGGCUGGGAGCUGGCAUUUACUUCAGCUCCCAAAUCAAAGGCGGCUAUUCAUUCCCGGAGCUGCCUGAGUGUUCGUCCGCAUCCGGCCGCCUCAUUGAGAUGCUGCGCGCUGCCCGGGAGCGCCGGCCUGGGUGCAGCUGAGCGGCGGCCGCAACCCGGGCACCCAGCUCCCCCCAGCUCCGCACCCCCCCAGCCCAGGGCUCCGGCUCCCCUUGCUGCAUUCCGGGAACGGCUGGCGGGCGGGCGUGCGUGCGGGGAGCCUGCCCGGCCAGGCUGAGCAGCCGAAGCGGCUGAAGAUGUGCCCCCCUUGGGCCGCCCCGCACCACGUCUAGCUGGCCCACCACGCCACCCGCCAUGUCGCAGAUGCUGCACAUUGAGAUCCCCAACUUCGGGAACACUGUGCUGGGCUGCCUGAAUGAGCAGCGGCUGCUGGGCCUCUACUGCGAUGUGUCCAUCGUUGUCAAGGGCCAGGCCUUCAAGGCGCACCGGGCCGUGCUGGCCGCCAGUAGCCUGUACUUCCGCGACCUGUUCAGCGGCAACAGCAAGAGUGCGUUCGAGCUGCCGGGCACGGUGCCACCCGCCUGCUUCCAGCAGAUCCUGUCCUUCUGCUACACGGGCAAGCUCACCAUGGCGGCCAGCGAGCAGCUCGUGGUCAUGUACACCGCCGGCUUCCUGCAGAUCCAGCACAUCGUGGAGCGUGGCACUGACCUCAUGUUCAAGGUGAGCUCGCCCCACUGCGACUCGCAGACGGCCGUGAUGGAGGAUGCCAGCUCCGAGCCCCAGAGCCCCUGCAACCAGCUGCAGCCGGCUGCCGCCACGGCCCCCGCCGCGCCCUACGUCGUGUCCCCCUCUGUGCCCAUCCCGCUGCUGACCCGCGUGAAGCAUGAAGCCAUGGAGCUGCCCCCGGCCGCCGGCCCAGGCCUGGUUCCCAAGCGCCCGCUGGAGACAGGGCCGCGGGACAGCGCGGCGGUGGCUGCAGGAGCCGCGGUGGCUGCCGGUGUGGCCCCGCUCAAGCUGCCCCGAGUCUCCUACUACGGGGUGCCCAGCCUGGCCACCCUGAUCCCUGGCAUCCAGCAGGUGCCCUACCCUCAGGGGGAGCGGACCAGUCCGGGGGCCAGCAGCCUGCCCGCCACCGACAGCCCCACAUCCUACCACAACGAGGAGGAUGAGGAGGAUGAUGAGGCCUACGACACCAUGGUGGAGGAGCAGUAUGGCCAGAUGUACAUCAAGGCCACAGGCAGCUAUGCAGUGCAAGAGAAGCCAGAGCCUGUGCCGCUGGAGAGCCGCUCCUGCGUCCUCAUCCGCCGAGACCUCGUGGCGCUGCCCGCCAGCCUCAUCAGCCAGAUUGGCUACCGCUGUCACCCCAAGCUCUACUCCGAGGGGGACCCCGGCGAGAAGCUGGAGCUGGUGGCAGGCUCUGGGGUCUACAUCACGCGUGGCCAGCUCAUGAACUGCCACCUCUGCGCAGGGGUGAAGCACAAGGUCUUGCUGCGGAGGCUCCUGGCCACCUUCUUCGACAGGAACACGCUGGCCAACAGCUGUGGCACCGGUAUCCGCUCGUCCACCAGCGACCCGAGCCGCAAGCCGCUGGACAGCCGGGUCCUGAACGCUGUGAAACUGUACUGUCAGAACUUCGCCCCCAGCUUCAAGGAGAGCGAGAUGAACGUCAUCGCUGCGGACAUGUGCACCAAUGCCCGCCGGGUCCGCAAGCGCUGGCUGCCCAAGAUCAAGUCCAUGCUGCCCGAGGGUGUGGAGAUGUACCGCACCGUCAUGGGCGCCUCGGCCACCGGCCUGCCCCUCGACCCUGAGUUUCCGCCCACCGCCGCGCAGGUGUUCGAGCAGCGCAUCUAUGCCGAGCGGCGGAGCGACGCGGCCACCAUCGUGGCUCUGAGAACUGAUGCUGUGAACGUGGAUCUGAGUGCGGCUGCCAACCCUGCCUUUGACGCCGGUGAGGAGGCGGAUGGGGCCGGCUCGGUCAUCCAGGAGGUGGCCGCCCCUGAGCCACUGCCCGACGGCCAGAGCCCCCCGCAGCCGUUCGAGCAGGGCAGCGCCAGCUCCAGCAGGCCCCAGACGCCGGCCAGCGCCCCGGCCACCAGGAGGCCCGAGGGCACCUACGCAGGGACUUUGUAAGAGGGGCCGGCAGGGCCGACUCUCGAGGGACAGUGCUAAGCUGCUUGCAUGCGUUACUAAUACAAACAAAUGUGAUCAAGCCACUUACCUACUGAACUGCUACUGCUGCCUGACAAAAAUGUGAUUUUUAUUCUGCCUGUAUUUAAAUGGAUGAAGGAAAAUGCACUCACUAUACUGUAAACAGCUAGGCCACUGGCCACCACGCUGGGAGCAAGGCCCCGGGCUCCUUUUUGAUACCGCGAGGGCAGUCUGCUCCUGUAGCUUCUUCUCCCCUUCCGGGAGGGGCGAAAGGCCUCCAGCCCCGGCGCCCGGCCCUGCCCUGCCUCGCCCGCACUUCCUGCUCCUCCUGCCCCAGAAGAGGAAGGGACAGCGGCUGGGAGUGGGGUAACACUCCGUUUCUUACCGUGGGGCAGCCCAGGGUCUCCAGGGCCAAACCCUGCUCGUUUUCCUUCUUCCUGAGAUGCCAUCUGCGUGGGUGAGUGUGUGCGGGGAGUGUGCAUGUGUGGGUGAGUGUGUAUGUGUGUGUGUGCACGCGUGCCCGCGUGUGAGCGUGGACCAGUGAUGUACCGUGACGGCUUUGCUGGUCACCAGGGGUGGAGGACGCAUGCCGCGUUCUCCACCAGCCCGUCUUCACUCUGCCUCCCACCCCUGUGCUGCGGCUCCCCAGCCCCCCUGGAGGCCCGGCUGCCCCCCACCUGCCCAUGGGCUCCCCACACUGGGCCACCUUGGGUCCUGCACAGCUGCAGCCACCCUCUGACGCCCCAGCCACUCUGGGAUUUUGCUUGUUUGGUGUUUUCCUUUAGUUCAGAUCUAUUUCAUAUAUGGUUUGGAAACUUUUAGACCCAACAGAGCAAAAAAUGGGGAGGGGCAGAUGUCCAUGUCCCCAGCCUACCACAGAUCAGGGGUGCUUGCAAACCUGUGCCCAGUCCUCGAGCCAGGGUCUGCUCACCUCCCGCUAGAGCCAGAGGGGUUUCAGGGCUUCAGCUGGGACACAUGCAGUCUGAGCUCAGGGGCCCCUCCUGCCACCUCUGCAGUGCCUGGGGCUACAGAGGCUGGCAGCAGGCGCAGGCCUGGGCUGGGCAGUCGGGGACGAGGACAGGUGGGAACAGGAAAGAGGUCCCAGGGGCUGCCGACUAGCAUGAAGCUGGAGUGCUCACUGUAAGUUGGAAGCUUGGCUUCCAAGAAGCGGCGCGCAGGUGAUUGGAUAUACUCCUGGCCACCCACCUGGGGGUCUCAUCCCUGCCUGCAGAGCCUUGCAGCUCCCAGUCUGGCCAGGGACCCCAUUCCAAGACUUGAUGGUCUGUGUCCCGUUCCUCUGUCCACCCUGGGCUCGCCUGGCACCUCCUGUGUGUACACAGGCUGAGCAGGCUCACCAGCCACGGUGGGGCUGAGGUGUGGUUUCCACCUCCCCACCCACCUACCCACUUCUGCGGGCGCUGCCCUCCCCAGUUACGGGGAGACUCCUCCUGCUCUCUGGAAAGCUCUGGCGGCUUUGGAGGGCUGGGGGCCGUGGGUGAGGACUAGGGCAGAGCUUGGGGCCCGAGCCUGGGGAGACCCGUGCAUUCCUAGAGCAGCUCUUGGUUCUCACCCAGGGCUGGAGCCCCCGGCCCAGAGCUGCCCCCUCUGCCCCUCCACCCCCAUCUCAGGCCCCAUCUCCCGGGUUGGAGUCCCCGGGGCUUCCGAGGGCCUGGACCAAGCCUCGCUGGCGCCAGAGGGGCUGUGGGUGGUGGAGAUGGUGGGUGAGGGUGAGCCGCACCCUGGCCCUCUGCAGUUUUCCUUCAUCUGCCCCACACCCCCCGCCCCCAAAUGUGCACUUUAAUUUGACCAUCCCUGGGGACCUUUGAGAGACAGGAGGGCUCUGUCCCCACCGACACUCCACAGUGGGCACGGCCCCCACCCUGGGCCAGCACAGGAGGGUGCUGCCGGCUGCUGGAGAGGUGGCCGCACGUCCUGCCUGGCCUCUGCUCGGGUAGCACAAUGUCCCUCCACCCCGUCCCUCAAUUGUUUAUAAUCGCUGUCUGUUUUGUUGUUCUGGGUAAGGAAGGCAAGAGCUAUAGGUAAAACUUAGUACUUCAAUGUGAAUGGGUUCUGAGCUCUUCCUGUGCCCCGGGCGGGCCAGGCCGAGCGUUUUGCACUAAUGUGUCCCGCGGUGGACGUGGUGGGGCGCGUUCGCAGACGUGCGUGGCCGAUGAUUGUACCUGCCGGGUGCUCCCUCCCCACCUGAAUGUACCGCGGGGCAGGCAGCGGGCCCGGGCUCGGAGGGGCCUUCCAGAGUGCCUUAGCAUCUUUUGAUCAUUUUUCCCAAGGGAAACCAAUUAAGAACCCCGGACCCCCCCCCUUCCUUUGUUUACAAGAUGACUAAUUCCAGAAUCGGGGCGUCUCGUCCCGCCAGUGUGACCCGACUCACCCAGACCCUGUAGGCGAGAGGCGAGCCACUCAGUAUUUAUGAGAUGUCUGCACCCCUAUUCCUAAGCUUGACUACUAGCAAUACGCAUAUACUAUAUAGAGUUAUUAUAGAGCUAAGUUAUAUCGGCGCCUUUCCUGGAGGACAGUCGGACUGACCAUGCUGGAGCUGCUGAGGCGGGUGCUGGCCUGGGUCCAGCCACCGGCCCGGCCUCCCUCCAUCCCCUCCCUCGGAGAGGGGGCGGCCCAGGAGGCAGCUGGGACAAGUGCAAAAGGUCCAGAGGAAGGAACCAGAGACGGGACAGAUACUGUGAGCUUGGUGGGGCCGCCCGCCUGGCCGGCGCACCUCGGUACUUGAAUUCUGUUCUUCUUUCCUGCCCCGGGCCCACACACCCGUGUUCUCUGUGGUUGCUUCAGUUGCAUCUGAUUUGGUGUCUUCCUUUGCCCCUGAAUGUGGACACUGCGUGAGAGCCGCCCAGUGUCCCGUGUUGGGUGGCCGCUGGAUGGGUGCCCGGGAAGACUGGCUGUGUGGUCUUCCUCCUCCUCCCUGCAAGCUCACCAAAGUGCUGUGUUUAGCGCCAGGCGGACAGGGGUAGAGGCGCCUAGCAUGGCUGUUGGGGCCGGGCUGCCCCCUUGAGGGAACCUUGGUGUGCCUGGUGUUGCCCGUUCAGCAGCUGGCACCUGUGAGCCCUGCCCUGCCUCAUCCUGCUGAGGUCCCCUCCAACGGGUUCUUCCGCAAGUCUGCGGGUGCGGGCGGGGGCUGCUGGACGCGGAGGACACCUGUCUGCUGGGCCGGGCCGGGCCGGAGCGCGCAGCUGUCAGCUUUAACUACUGAGUCAGGACACGCUGCAGCAGCCAGCCAUCACACGGUGGCCGGCAAGCGUGCGGGCUCGGUACAGACGUUUCUCAGAUGGCAAAGGUGUUCGGCUUUCGUUUGUUUUGUUUUGUUGAAAAAUGAAAAGAAAUGGGAAAUGAUGCAGAAUCUAAAGCUUUCAGAUUGGACAACUUGCCUGUGUUCUGAUCAGUCGCCUCCAUCGUUAGCAUUUUGCACACAAUUGUGAUUUUUAUGUCAAAAGAAGCCAAAACUUGCAAUACUAUUUUUAGCAGACAAAAAAAAAAAAAAAGAAACCAGAGCUAAGUAUAAAAUGUAUAAAUAUUUUCGACUUGAACAUUCAGAUGGCACUGGGUGCAAAUAGAACAUUCAUCCUUCCGACAGAAUGUUUGGAGAAGUGACUUAAAAAGGAGAUGGUUAUUUUACAGGAUCUGUCUGGGGUUGGCCUAGUACUGUAACUCACACCUGUUAAAAAAUAAGUCAAUGAAGGCAAUUGUUCCUGUGCUGUAAAGGAGGGCCUCCCAGAGCCACUGAUUUAGAUUCAGCUGCCGAAGACGCUGGCUUUUUGUUUUCCUUUAAGGAGGAGGAAGCUUUUGUUUUGCUCUUCCUGCGUCCUUCCUCACUCCCUUUCUGUGCUGUUUUCUGUAGUGACGAGACUGUUAACUUUGUAGCCAUGGCUGACAACACUGUAUCGAAAACUAAACAACCGCCAGGUGCGCGGAGCGACCAGGGGAAGGAAAGGCCAUGACUGCCGAGCAAAAGAUGUCACCGUUAAUUGUAAAGCGCUUUGUAAAAUUCACAUUUACAGAAUAAUAAAGUCAGUUCAAACCCA